CGUACUGCAGUGCACAACAACACACCUGUUGCACAAUAGAAACGUCACUGGUCACGUGACUAACGCGGAAGUUGGGUCAUUUUGGCGGAGAGGGAAGUUAGCUCUGAGUCCGGUAGACGUGCCUCCAUCCAGGACAGAAUUCGACACUUUUCCGCGAUCUAACAGAUCAACAGAAUGGGCGGAAAAUCUAGCAAAAGUAAACAGAAGGACAAAGACGGGAAGAAACAGAAGAAGAACAAGAACAAGGGGAACAAGGAGAACCAACCUGACGAUGUACCAGACACUGGUUUUGACCCUUUUGGGAUGAACGUUCAAUCUGCCACCCCGUUUGUCGCUGGACCACCCGUCAAUGGAAAUGCUCGUAUUGGCAUUCCGAGCUUUCACGAUCAAACUCCCGGUCCCAUGCAGGGCACAGUGGGUGUUCUGUUGUUCCAAGCACUGUACGACUAUGAAGCCAGAACGGAGGACGAUCUUAGUUUCAGGAAAGGAGACCUACUCCAGAUAGUCAACAACAAUGACGGCGAUUGGUGGAUGGCACAGUCAAUGACCACUAACCAGCAAGGUUACGUUCCCAGCAAUUACAUUGCUCCAUCUGCCUCAGUGGAAUCAGAGGACUGGUAUUUUGGCAAGAUCACCAGAAAAGAUGCAGAGAGACUACUGACAAUGACGCCCACUCUAUCCCCGGGAACGUUCUUGGUCAGAGAGCCGGAAAGGCGCCAAGGUGGCCACACUUACACUUUGUCUGUUAGGGACUGGGAGGAGGUGAAGGGAGUGAACGCCAAACACUACAAAAUCAUGAAGCACGACAACACGGGCUACUACAUUUCCCAACGCAAGCACUUUGACAGCGUUUCUGAGUUGAUCGCACACUAUAAAGCGUCGUCGGACGGUUUGUGUCGAAAGCUGACAGAGUCGUGCCCGAAGGUUAACCCAGAGACAGGUGGUCUCGCCAAAGACGCGUGGGAGAUUGACAGAAAUUCACUCAAGUUUGACAAGAAACUGGGGGCCGGCUGCUUUGGAGAAGUAUGGGCAGGCACGUGGAACAACAAAACUAGAGUCGCCAUUAAGACAUUGAAGGCUGGUACAAUGUCUCCCCAAGCUUUCCUCCAAGAGGCCAACAUUAUGAAGAAACUUCGGCACAAGAACUUGGUAUCCCUCUAUGCCGUCUGUUCAGAAAAGGAACCAAUCUACAUUGUGACUGAAAUGAUGAUGCACGGCAGUCUGCUGGACUAUCUCCGUCAGGGGUCAGGCAUGAGCCUCAAGUUCAAAGAGCUGGUGGAAAUGUCUGCACAGAUUGCGGCAGGCAUGGGCUACAUCGAGAAGAUGAACUACAUCCACCGUGACCUGCGUGCUGCUAAUGUCCUUGUGGGAGACAACAACCUAUGCAAGGUUGCCGACUUCGGUCUGGCCAGACUGGUCAACGACGACAUCUAUGAAGCUUCUGCUGAAUCGAGAUUCCCCAUCAAAUGGACGGCACCAGAGGCGAUAGAGUUCGGCCAGUUCACCAUCAAGUCGGACGUGUGGUCAUUCGGAAUCAUGAUGACAGAGCUGCUGACAAAAGGGAAAAUCCCUUACCCAGGUAUGAACAAUGCCCAGGUCAUGCAGCAGGUCUCGCGAGGCUACAGGAUGCCGCUUGAGUCCUUCAACUGUCCUGACUCCCUGUAUGAGCAGAUGAUCAAGUGCUGGGACACCUCCCCUGAAAAACGACCAACGUUCGAAUUUCUGGCCAAUUUCUUAGACGACUACUUCGCUGUCACCGAACCCGACUACAAGGAGCCAGACGAGUUUUAAGAAGUCUUCAAUCUGUUUCUUAAUUCAUUUUGAUGCAAGUAUUAACAAAGUUUGGUUGUAUUUACAUUUUUUACUACAAAGAUUUUGAAUGUAUAUACAUGCACUAUAAAGGGAAAGUGCGGAACAUUACUAAUUAACUAAUGUGCAGUGUGAUGCAUUUUGGGUAUGAUUUCAAAGUUGAAGGCCACUCACAGUGCAUCAUGGGCACUCCAAACCUUGAGCUAGUUUAUUCUAUAAGGAUAAUCUAAUAAGACUGAGGCAAAUCUGCAAUCUCUUUAGCUCACAGAGCUGUUUUCUUUCUAAUGUUUUGACAAGAGUAACAAAGUGGGAACAGAUCAUUUAAGGUGACCUUAUAAUAGGAAGCAGGCCGUCCCUAACCAAUUUUAGAAGUGAAAUGGUUUGACAAUCUCUGUUGUAAGAAAUUUUAAUCUUCAUCUUACAGUUUAUAACUGACAUUGUUGAAGAAGUAAUGAUAAUUUGAUUUUAUAGGUAUCUAAUUGCUUUUCUUACCCACAAGCAAGAAUCCUACAUUGUACUUUAAAAGAUGUAUGAUACAAUAUAUUUCAAAUUAACUGUGGUGUAUAUUGGCACCUUUUUAGUAAUGUUUUGGCGUAGUCAUGCUGCGUUGUAAGGUUUGAAACUAGCAAAACGUUAGGAUGUCAUACAAAAAAAGGAAUAUAGAAAGAAAACGUUGACGUACAUUGUAUGAUAUGGAGCAUAACUUAGCUAGCUGAUUAAAUUUGCUUGAUUCAGUGUAGUCAUAUUUUCUUCUCUUAUAACAAAUCUGUAAUGAUACUCUACUUGGCCAAAGGCUGACUGUAAAAUAUUAAGAAUUCAAUAAUGAACAUUAAAAGGACUAUACUCAAUGUAUGUGGAAAACAUGUGAAUGCCGCGUGAUCACAAAUAACCGGCUUUUAUUAAGGAUUGGACAAGUUUUAAUGUCAAGCAAUUCUAUAAGCAAUAAGGAGCCAAGUUAGGUUAGAAGGUGACAAUCAAGAUAUACCUGGAAAUGCCUUACUUCUUCUCUUCUCAUAAAGUGCCUUGACAAAUCAUACUACUGGGGCCAAUUUGAUGCACAGUUGAAACUAACUGCACGUUUAAGUGGUCUUGACUCUUUAGCAAGUUUAGCUUAAUGAACAAUGUUCAUGACAGAGAAGACAGAUGCUAUGUGCAGGUUUGCUGUACCAGGGAAAUUCCCCCAGCUCUUUGAACAAGGAUAAUGAACAGUGGACCAUGUUCAGGACUGCCACCAUUUCUAGACUUUUAGUCCUUUCCAGUAGCGUGUAUGUUAGGUGACACAACCAGGUUUUAGACUCAAACCUUUAGCUUCUUGUCCAAGAGGCAGGGUCACUAACUAACUACGCAUGCAACUACAUGUGGCGCUUAGUAUCGUUAAAUUCAUUCUCUACUUUCAGGUAUAGAUAUUAUACAGUAACAGGAAAUUAUUUGAUCUAAUUAUGAGACAUGAAACAAAGCUGACUAACGUUUACUGAAUAUGCUGCUGGUUGUCGAAGAAUGGUGUUUCCAUUCCCAUAGUGGAGCACAUUUGUAUUUCUUUUUUUUUUUCGUUGCUUUCUUUCCUAAUGUCUUUGGAAUGUAGCUGGAAUUUCUGCUAAUAUUGUUAGAGGUCAUUGUUAAGUCAAAUUUUAGGUUCAUCUACAGUGAAAUGCCUUACAUCACCUGUUUACUGAUAAGUGAUUCAAAAAUUGUGAUUUAUGAUAAUAAACAGUUUGUAUUACUGUAACAGGUCAAAACAACAAAGUGGCCUUACACUCACAUUGCCUUACAUAGCACUGGUGAUAUUACAGUGAUCAUGAUAGUAGACAGUGAGAAUGAGGCUUGUUUUAAUCAGGUGUAGAAUAUACUUGUAGACUUCUGUUAAAGAAGUCUAGUCUUUGUUACCCAUUAGUAGAAUCACACAUUCUUUGUAACCAAUCAGAAUUGAUGCAUUCUUUGUAGCAAAUCAGAAUCUGAUUUGUAGCAAAUCAGAAUCAUUGUCUUUGUAACCAAUCAGAAGAAUCACACAUUCUUGUAAUCAGAAUCAGUACAUUCUUUUUAACCAAUCAGAAGAAUCAUGCACUCUUUGUAGUCUAUCAGAAUCACUAACAGUCUUUAUAGCCAAUACCAAGCAUCACGUAGAAGUAGAACAUCAACUUUGGAACCCCCUCAUUUGAGUAAAUUUGUAGUGGAAAUCGACUUGAAGUCUUCCGGUAGACGGGUGAUUAAAUCAUGAGUGGUUAUUGAAGCGGAUCAUUUUUGGCCAACGCAUGUGUGCAGUGUUAACUAAAUGGAAUAAUGCCUUUUGUGAGGGGGUUCAAGUAACAAGUAAAUUGUGUAUAACUGUGUUAAAGACAAAUCACAGUCAUGGCAUGUUAUAUCACAGAAUCACAAAUAGUUUGACCUUGUACUUGCAUUUUUUCUUAAAUGUAUUAGACUUCAUACAAAUGUUACUAGAAGGAAAGCACCUGGAAACAUUCCACUCUUGCAGCUGGCAAGACAAAUUCCUGACAAAAGCAAUGAAAAUCUGAAAAAUAUAAUUGACAACUUAUAUAUAAGCUGAAUAUAUCAACUGCCAUAAUGAUUGUUUUUGCAAUGAUGUGAGGAAAAAGUUACUAAAAAACUUGCAUCUAAAAUGUUAUGAACCUAUGAACUUGGAGAAGGGACAUUUUGCUUUAAAUUUGUUUCUCAUUUUUUUUUGGUGAUGGGUAAUUCUUGGUUCAUGAUUCUAAGUAUGCAUGCUCAGCAAAGUGCACCGUGGGUAAUAUGUCAAAGGUGAGGGCCCCUAACUUGUAAGCAGUUCUAGUCUCACCCAUUAUAGCAAGCAUGUUUUGUUUAUGUCCGAUGAACUUCACCUUUGACAUAUCACCUACUGCAUUUUAUAAUAAUCUUACUUAGUCUGAACUCUGGCACAAGAUACUAUGUACCUUUGUUAAAUGGAAAAUACAUAGGUUGGGGGCCUUUUGGGACCCUUGUGACCAACGCUUGCUAUGUAGAAGAUUGUUAUCUUGAUUUGUUGUAAAUUUUCUUUUACUGACAACCAGUUUUAUGGAAAGCUUGGUAGAAUUAUGAAGAUUAACCUCUUUGGUAGAAUGGCAACAAAAAUGAAUAAUUUUCACACAUACAGGGCUGUGCCAUUUCAGAAUCUCAGGAGGGGUGGUCAGGACUCUUUUUUUAACUCCUCCCCUUUCGUUUCACGUCAAGUACCAACUCUUUGUGUGCUGACUUUAUGAUUCAAUUUGAUACACCUACCUCUCACUUUUGAAAAGAAAUACUUACCACCCUCUCCUAGAUGGUUAAAUGGAAUAACCCUAAAUGUUUUGAACACAUUGCAUAGCAUACCCUGUUAGAUUACAUGCUUAGACACGAGUGUUGCUUUUUCAGCAAGUACAAAUGUAAUUGAAUAGCAAAUCAGGCAUGUUGAUUUUAAAAGCUCAAAUACAAGAUGAUGCUUGAUUCAGAAGUACUAAUUUUAGCCUGUAGACUCUUUUACGAUAGCAAGAAAAAAGUGAGCACAGGGGAAAAUUCCCAAGUUACAAUUAUGAUGUCACUACAUGUAUAUAUACGAGUUGUUCAUCUGUAAGAUAUAUCGCUUCUUUGUAUAAUCAGGUUUUGAAAUAAAAUAUCAAGACUCAU